AUGCCUUCGCCGCAGCAAUCCCAGCCAGCCGGCUUCUCCCUGUUUCCCAGCCCCGACGCCUCCAAACCACCGCCGACAUCUCGAAGUCUCCAGGCUCACCGUGGGCGGCGGUCGGAAUCCCAGGAGAGGAGGCCGCAAACGCCCCAGGUCCAGAGGGUGGCUACACCAGAUCAGCACCCCCAGGCGCCUGGGCAUCCAUCAUAUUCACCACCUGUGCAAUUUGAGCCCGCGCCGGCAGCAACACCCUCCAACUGGCCGUUGAGCAGCGACACACCGCACUCUGAGACCCCUACGCGGCACCACGGCCUAGAGACCACUGCCGGCACGGCUGCCGUCCAACAACCCCGGAAUGCACACGACGUGCCCGGCCGGACGGAAACCGCCUUCUCGGAAGCCAACACCCUCGUUCGCAGCAACAGCGGACGGUCCAGGAACUCCAUUGCUAAGCACCCUCUCCAUGACCAGCCCUCGCCGGCUUCUGCCUCGCAGCCGCUGAGGUCCAUCUUCCCGACAUACAACCCGGAUGUCUCGCUCAACGAGCAGGAGUACGCGCCGACGCAAAUGGGUCCCGCUCACAUCCCCCGCGCCGUCAUCAGCAGGCAAUCCGUCUACGAGGAGCCGGAAUCACCAGGGAUACAGAGCGCUCCGAAUCGCAGUCAGCCGUCGAGCCCCCGACGACCUGCAGCAAGGGGCCGAUGGCCACUGAGGAUACAGACGCAGCCGCCGCCGGAGACCCCCACGCCCUGCACGGCAGACGACCUCAAAAACCUGUGGAAAGUAGCCAACGGGUGGAAGGCGUCUGCUUCCGAGUCUCGGGUCUUCUGCCUGAAGCUGUCGCAGCAGAAAGACGCGCCCGUGUACACGCUGUCGUCCCGGUCCUCACAGCCGUUUUGGAGCCUCCGGCUGGAUCCCACGUCCGCCGCGGCCUACAUCAGCCUCACGCGGCACGACCCGGCGAAACCGCUAAAGGCGCCGAAGCCAGACGCCGGCAACUCCCCCGGGGCCCCGGGAAGCAGCGGCAGCCGGUCUGACGCAAAACACUGCUACGGAGCACUCAGCUCGACCCUGGAAGAGGAGUCCCGCAAGCACCCGCCCAACGACGGGCUCGUGGCGCUCCUCAUGCCGACGGCGGCCGCACGAAUGGCCGUCGAGAAGGCGGACGACGCCGCGUCCGUCGCGGCCGCCGAGAACGAGUGCGCCCGGCUGGUCUGGGACGAGGACACGGCGACGCACUUUCUCGUGCACAAUGCGCUGGCCAGGCCGUUCUGCGUCGCUGUCGAGCGAAACCCGGCCUACUCGCGCGUCGAGUACACCCUUGAGCACGACGAGUCGCCCCGGCACCUCGCCAAGCUGACGAGGGACGGCACGGGCGGCGGCUGGAUCGAGCUGGACACGGGCGUCGCCGCCCAGAUCGACUCCUUCUACAUCCUGGACGUCGUCGUCGCGGCCCUGCUGCUGGUCGCUGCCGGCGAGGACAGGAACUCGCCGACGCCGAUGGAAACCUUUGAACCCCCGCCGCUGCCGCCGCCGGCGGCUGCUCUUGGCGCGAGGCGCAGCUCGGGGAGACUGAGCAAGUUGAGUAUACGGAGGGACGAGAGGAAGAACAAGGGCAAGAUGGAGGCGUUUGAAAUUGACGUGGAAAGCCAAAAUGACAGCCUGGGCAAGGGGCGGCACGGGCGUCGGUCCUCGGGGGAUAAGCCGCCGUUUUUGAUACGCGUCGUGGUAAAGGUGGCAAGGGGCGUGUUCAAGCUGGCUAUAUGGGUCUUGACUGCGCUGUUCAAGGCCGUUGGGGGCGUCUUCAAGUGUUUGUAUUCGUGUGUGGGGUCGAAAUAUUAA